CCGAGAAAUUUGGUGGCCUAAGGUGUUAGCGCUUUGUAGUAAGCGGAGCCCUUUUCCCCUCUCCCCCUUCUGCUAUUUCACAUCGAUCCACAGUGAGAGAGAAACAGAGAGCUCGAUUCAGAGAGGCCGAGAAUCACAGAACGGGAGAGAAUCAGACGAGAGAGAGUGAGAGAUUCCGAAGCAAAGGUGCGGUUUGGGUCCAUACGGUGUUUUCGUUGUUUCCAAACAAAGGGUAACUCGUUUUGGUGUUGUAUAGCUGCCCACAUUUUGGCAGCAAACUAGCAGAUAUGCCUUGCUGAAUGGGCCUCGUGUUUCACCCUGCCCUAACGAUGGACUCGGAAAAUGAAUGUGAAGAUGACAACUUACGUACACAUAUUCGUGUUGGUGAUGAUCUGCCCUCUGAAAUUGUCCUUGAAAAUGAUGGAAAUGAAACUAUAAGGGAUGAGGACAACAAUAAUGGCAAGGGCAAGGGCAAGUCUGAGUGGAAGCUCGUAAGUGAAGACGAAAAUGUUGAGCAACCUCAGCGAGGUAUGACGUUUAGCUCCAUAGACGAACUUUUCUCAUAUUAUAGGCAGUUUGGUCGGAAAAGAGGUUUUGGGGUGAUAAUCAAAAAAAUUACUAAAGAAAAAAUCACUGGAAAAGAGACACGUGUCACCCUUGCAUGUGGGCGUCAAGGCAAGCCACAACCCACGACAAAUAAGCCAAAUCCCACAAUAAAAACGGAUUGCAAGGCGAAAUUGAAUGCAAAGUUGGUUGAAACAAAGUGGCAUGUGACUAGUGUAAUUGGUGACCACAAUCAUGAUUUAAGUCCAAACAAGGGAAGAUAUUAUAAAUGCAAUAGGAAUUUGAAUUCUAACGUGAGAAGAAAGAUUAUAGUAAAUGAUAUAUCUGGGAUUGGACUAAGUCAAAGUUUUAACUCUCUUGCUGUUGAAGCUGGGGGGUAUGAGAAUCUUCCUUUUAUAGAAAAAGAUUGCAGAAACUUUAUUAACAAGGAAAGACACAUUCGGCUUGGCCAAGGAGGUGCUAAAGCACUUCUAGACUAUUUGAAUAAGAUGCAAGCAACCGAUAGUGGUUUCUACUUUGCAGUUGAUUCUGAUGAUGAUUCUAGGUUGAAAAAUGUGUUUUGGAUUGAUGCAAGAAGUAGGGCAUCGUAUGAAAGUUUUGGGGAUGUCGUGACAUUUGACACGACAUACUUGACUAACAAAUACGGUAUGCCAUUUGCUCCGUUUGUGGGAGUGAACCACCAUGGAUGGCAAAGUCUACUAGAUAGUUAUGACCUUAAGGACCAUGAUUGGUUGCGCCGGUUAUAUAAUGAGCGGGCUUUUUGGGUACCGGCAUAUCUAAAAGGUGUGUUUUGGGCUGGUAUGAGAAGUACACAGCGGAGUGAAAGUAUGAAUGCCUUUUUCGAUGGCUAUGUGCGUCCGUCUACCACUUUGAAGCAAUUUGUUGACCAAUAUGAUCUUGCUUUGUGGAAGAAGGUUGAGAAUGAGAGUCUUGCAGAUUUCAAGUCUUUUAAUACUAAGCUUCCAUGUGUAACCUUCUAUCCUUUUGAGGAAAAAUUUGAAAAAGUUUACACCAUUACCAAAUUCAAAGAAGUUCAGCCUGAGAUAAUAAGCAGAAUUUAUUGUACUAUCUCCCUUUUGACUAAAGAGGGUGCAAUUUGCACCUACCAAGUGACUGAACAGGUAAAAGUUCAAAAUGAAGUAGUUGAAGAUGCAUACGUGAAAGUAGUACCAUAUGUUGUCUACUUCAAUGAAGAUGGAGAUGAAUUUGAAACACAUCUUUGCUCUAUUGUGUGCACAUACAUUACAUCUUUGCCCCCCAAAUAUUAUCUUGACCGUUGGAGGAAGGAUGUGAAGCGAAGAUAUACUUUAAUUAAAUGUAGUUUUGAUGCUUUGAGUGCUAACCCCGAAGUACAAAGAUAUGACAGCUUGUGCAAAGGUAUGCAUACAUUAGCAGAGGUCGCUGCAAGAAACGUAGAUCACUACACAAAAGUUUGGAUGCAUAUUGAUAUGUUGACCAAGGAAUUACGUGCUUCAAGUUGUGAACCCAAUCCACCUUCUCUUGCACUUCCAGGUGUAUCUUUAACAUGUAAUGAGUCCAUUGAUAAUGUUGAGUUGGCGGUAGAUGGUGAUGAGGUUCAUAGUCCUAUUGUAGCUAAAAAAAGAGGAAAGUUACCGCAUAAAAGGAAGAUGUCUGCGGUGGAAAAAGCGACAAUGAAGAAAUCACAAAGAAAAAACAAUGAGGCAUGUAACACUAAUCCCAUUCAGAGGAAACGAAAAAAUAAGACUUCCCAUGGAGAUGAUGUUUCGUAUUUAUUUGAAGCUCCUUGUGAUGUUUUGAAACUCAAGAGAGUGCAAGUACUCAGGAUAUGUGGCCACCUGAGCUAUUGGAACGGUAAUUGUAAUGGAAGGAAUGCAAGCUACAAUGCUUUUUUUGGGGCUAUUGCGCCGAUUAAUGCACGGGUUCAUGGUAUUAGCAGUGGCCUUGGGCUAUUGGUUCUACUUGUUGGUGGAUUGUGGCUCUAUAAAGUGGUAAAAAAAAGGAGGAUGAUUAAACAGAAGAACAUGUUUUUCAAACGAAAUGGUGGUUUAUUGUUACAACAACAAUUAUCUUCUCAGGAAGCAAAUGUUGAGAACGCCAAAUUGUUUAAUUCAAAAGAUUUAGAGAAGGCUACUGACCAUUUUAAUGUAAAUAGAAUACUUGGGCAAGGAGGACAAGGCACUGUCUACAAAGGCAUGUUAGUAGACGGAAGAAUCGUUGCAGUGAAAAAGUCCAAGGUAAUUGAUGAAGGACAACUCAAAGAAUUCAUUAAUGAAGUUGUCAUUCUUUCACAAAUUAACCAUAGGAAUGUGGUUAAGUUAAUUGGUUGUUGUUUGGAGACGGAAGUUCCUCUGCUAGUUUAUGAAUACGUUGCUAACGGAACUCUUUCCCAAUAUGUUAGUGGCCAAAAUGAGGAGUUUUCACUAACAUGGGAUAUGCGCUUACGAAUUGCAGCAGAAGUUGCUGGAGCUCUCUUCUACUUGCACUCAAUAGCUUCCAUGCCCAUUUACCAUCGGGACAUUAAGUCCACAAACAUACUCUUAGAUGAUAAAUAUAGAGCUAAAGUAGCUGACUUCGGAACUUCAAGGUCCAUCACCAUUGAUCAAACUCACUUAACCACACUAGUACAUGGCACUUUUGGAUACUUAGACCCUGAGUAUUUUCAGUCAAGUCAGUUUACAGAAAAGAGUGAUGUUUAUAGUUUCGGUGUUGUCAUUGCCGAGCUGUUAACUGGGGAAAAAGCGAUCUCUUCAACAAGGACACAAGAAUCCAAAAGUUUAGCAACAUAUUUCACUCAAUCGGUGGAGAAUAAUUUGUUUGAUAUUAUUGAUAGUCAAGUUUUGAAGGAAGGCAAGAAAGAAGAGAUCAUUGCGGUCGCGAACCUAGCGAAAAGGUGCCUAGACUUAAACGGGAAGAAACGACCUACAAUGAGAGAAGUUGCAAUGGAGUUGGAGGGAGUUCGAAUGUUGCAAAAAGCUCCUAAGCUUCAGCAAAAUUAUGAAGAGCAUGAAUAUGUCCAAGAAGGAAUGUACAAGCCAUGGGAUGUUUCUACCUCGUCAACAAUGUCAACUUUAUCUAUAGACACCCAACCAUUAGUAUCUUUUCAAACCGUGUGA